AGUACAAAGUAAAAUGGAGAUGGACAUGAAUUCAGAUACUAUGCCGACAAUGACACAUUAUUUUAACACCAAGCUUCCGGUUGCAGUUGCCUUUGAGGGAUGGAUUAUUAAUAACAGUGGAACGUUGGCUGGGUCUUGUAUUGGAGUAGCCGGACUUGCAAUUUUCUUUGAGAUAUUCAAGACACUGAGAAAUGUAUUUCAGAAGAAUUACUUGAGACGAAGCCCUUAUAUAUACCAGCCCAAUCCAGCAUCGAACAAGGAAAUAUCCUCAACCAACGGGAACUUUGAAUCGCAAUAUUCCCAUUUUUGGGGAAUGCAUUUUCUACAUAGUAUCAUUUAUAUUAUUCAAAUUUUUGUUGGAUACUUACUAAUGUUGGUUGUUAUGGUAUUCAAUGUCUGGUUAACAGUAUCAGUAAUUAUCGGACUCACACUUGGAUAUUUCUUGACGUUCUUCAUCGCUCUAAUGCCCAAAAUCAAAGCUCUUCAGACCUACGACAAUGCUGCUAGGGUAGGAAAAUUCAAUUAUUUAGAAUUCGUUUUUAAUAAAUGUCAUUUUGCAUGCGACCACUAGCCGAACAAGCAAAUAGAAAACAAGGCUCUAUUCAGAA